AUCAGAGACAAAUGUGACAACAUGUUUUAUUUGAUCUGAAGCCAGAGAUUCUUACAGAGAAAUGAGAACAGCAGCGAUGAGUUUAACAUCAGCAAGUGGAUUGGUUGUCAUCCUUCUGUCUGUUGCAGUUGUUCAGGGUCAGAAUGAAUGGGGAGUGACUUACACUUCUACUCAGAUCUGUGCCUUAAAAGGAUCAACAGUCGUCAUGAGCUGCACCUACACAUACCCACCCCAGAUAAAGAAACAGAAAACUACAGUUGAGAAAACGUUCUGGUUUAUUAAUAGAGACAUUAAACCUGUAAAUCUGAAAACAAAGUCAGAGUACAAAGGUCGUGUGCAUUAUUCUUCCAAUAAGAACGACUGUUCUGUGAAAAUCUCAGACCUGAGACAGAGCGACUCAGCUCAGUACAAGUUCAGGUUUAUAACAAACCAACCUGGUGGAAAUUAUACUGGUUCACCUGGAGUCACUCUAAAUGUCACAGCACGUCCAGAUCUCCAGGUCCAUGUGACCAGAUCAUCCUGCAGGAAUUCUAAUUGUGUCCAAGUAGAGCUGAGGUGUCACAGCAGCUGUCGUCUACCUGACAAUUACAAAUACACCUGGUUCAAGAACAGACAGACAAUUAGGAGUGAAACAUCAUCUUCCUAUUUCACCUCUUUUCCCUCUGAAGAUACCGUUUCCUGUGCUGUUAAAGGUUAUGAGAUGUUCUCCUCUCCUCCAGCGUUUGCUCCAACGGUUUCUUCAGUGUCUUUCAGUCCCUCUGGUGAAAUCAUUGAGGGCAGUUCAGUGACUCUGACCUGUACCAGUGAUGCAAACCCACCUGUUACUAAAUACACCUGGUACAAGAGAGGAAAUAAUCAACCUCAGUCAAGAGGUGAAGGACAGCAGUUUGUCCUCAGCUUCAUCAACUCCUCUGACUCUGGAUCAUAUUCAUGUGUCUCUGAGAACGAUCUGGGGUUGAAGAUGUCAGAAUACGUCUAUAUUGAUGUGAAAUAUCCUCCCAGACUUCCAUCUGUUUCCGUGAGUCCGUCUGGUCAGAUAGUGAAGGGCAGUUCAGUGACUCUGACCUGUACCAGUGAUGCAAACCCACCUGUUACUAAAUACACCUGGUACAAGAGAGGAAAUAAUCAGCUUCAGUCAAGAGGUGAAGGACAGCAGUUUGUCCUCAGCUUCAUCAACUCCUCUGACUCUGGAUCAUAUUCAUGUGUCUCUGAGAACAGUCUGGGGUUGAAGAUGUCAGAAUACGUCUAUAUUGAUGUGAAAUAUCCUCCCAGACUUCCCUCUGUGUCCGUGAGUCCGUCUGGUCAGAUAGUUCAGGGCAGUUCAGUGACUCUGACCUGUACCAGUGAUGCAAACCCACCUGUUACUAAAUACACCUGGUACAAGGAGGAUGAAGACUCACCAAAAGCAUCAGGACAGAACUUCACCAUCACUGACUUCAGAUCUGAACACAGUGGGAAUUAUUACUGUGAAGCCCAGAACAGCAGAGGACGACAGAACUCCACCUCACAUCCGAUUGUUGUAUCAUCCAAAUGGAAAUCAGUUGCAGCUGGAGUGACUGUUGCCGUUCUCCUUCCCAUAAUCCUCAUCUUCGUCUUCCUAUUAUUCAGAAGAAUGAGGGCUUUGAAAACAUCAUCUGAACCUGAAGACAGAGCGGACAACAGCCAGCAGUGUCCACCUAAUCACAGACACCCAGAGGAGCAGGACAACCAUCAUUACGCCACCGUGAACUUCUCUCAGAAAAAGGAGGAUCCAGUUUACUCCAACACUGGACCAGCUCGGUGCCCAAGACACAAGAAGGAACCAACAUUUCCUGAGUACUCUGUUCUCACAUUUCAUAACAACAGCAAAGAGCAGAGACCGUACAACGUCCUGCCCCUCAUGGUUCAGGGUCAGAACGAAUGGAAAGUGACGUACCCUUCUACCCAGAUCUGUGCCUUAAGAGGAUCAUCAGUCCAGAUAAGCUGCAUCUAUUCAUGCCCAUCUGAGAUAAAUGGCCAGCAUACUAUAAUUGAAAACACAUACUGGUUUAUUAAAAAUUUUGUGGAUCUGAAAACACAACCAGAGUUUGCAGGCCGUGUGCAGUACAACUGUGUUAAGACCAACUGCACUCUGACAAUAUCAGACCUGAAAGAGACCGACUCAGCUCUGUACAAGUUCAGGAUCAUUACAAACCAACACCGAGGGACUUGGUUUGGUUCACCUGGAGUCAAUUUGUCUGUCACAGCGCAUCCAGAUCUCCAGGUUCAUGUGAAACCAUCAGCUAACCAACGAUCCUGUGCAAGUCUGAACUGCAUUCGUGUAGACCUGAGGUGUCAGAGCAGAUGUCAUCUACCUGAUCAUUCUUCCUACAUCUGGUUCAAGAACAGACGGGCAAUUCAGAGACAGAAAUCAUCUUCUUAUUCAGACACUAUUUAUUAUGCAGACACCAUUUCCUGUGCUGUUAAAGGUUAUGAGAUGUUCUUCUCUCCUUCAAUGUUUGCUCCCACAUUUCCCCAUGUGUCCGUGAGUCCGUCUGGUCAGAUAGUGGAGGGCAGUUCAGUGACUCUGACCUGUACCAGUGACGCAAACCCACCAAUUACUACAUACACCUGGUACAAGACAAAUCAAAACACAAACCGACAACUCAUGAGUGGAAAGAAUCAGUUUGUGUUUGAAUCUAUUAAGUUGUCUGACUCUGGACAAUAUUACUGUGAAGUUGAGAACAACCUCUGGAUGUGGACAUCCAAUAAAAUCCAUUUAGAUGUGAAAGUUGCUCCCAGACCUCCCUCUGUGUCUGUGAGUCCGUCUGGUCAGAUAGUGGAGGGCAGUUCAGUGACUCUGACCUGUACCAGUGAUGCAAACCCACCUGUUACUAAAUACACCUGGUAUAAGGAAGAUGAAAACUCACCAAAAGAAUCAGGACAAAACUUCACCAUCAGGGUCUUCAGAUCUGAACACAGUGGGAAUUAUUACUGUGAAGUAGAAGACAGCAGAGGACGUCGUAAGUCUGUGUCACACCUGAUUGUUGUAUCAGAUUCAUCUAUAGGAGUGACUUUUUCUGUACUCCUUCCCAUAAUCCUCCUAUUUGCCUUGAUAUUGUUUAAAAAAAAGAGGGCCUCCAUAAACUCAUCUGAGCAUGAGGUGGCACCAGACAGCAGUGAGCAGCAUCCACCCAAUCAGAGACAAUCAGAGGACCAGGACAAUGUUCAUUAUGUUGCAGUGAACUUCUCUCUGAACCAGGAAGAUCCAAUUUACUGCAACACUGGAGCAGCUCAGCACCACAGACACAAGGAACAAAUGUUUACAGAGUACGCUGCGGUCAAAUACUCCGACAAGGACCGAAGAACUGAACUUCAAGGAACUGAAGAGGAUCCAGCUCUCCUGUACAGCACAGUCAACAAACCACAGCGAUCAUAAACACCUUCAUCUCCAGUCUGUCCUUUUUGUCAGUCACAGAAUCAAAAGGAAUUGGAUCUGUUAAUAAAUGUACAAAUGCAUAAAGAGGGAGGAGU